AUGCUGGACUUUGUCAUCGUUGUUAUUGGACUCUUCAGUGUGGCUCUGGAGAUGUUGACCAAAGAGGAGAAGGUGGUAGAGAGUGAAGGGGAACUCGAAGCCCACCACGCCUCAAUGCACGGUCAUGGGGGAAAAUCGGGAGGAUUUGAUGUUAAAGCCCUUCGAGCUUUUCGUGUGCUGCGACCUCUGCGGCUUGUCUCAGGCGUUCCCAGUUUACAGGUGGUGUUGAACUCUAUUAUCAAAGCCAUGGUUCCUCUCCUGCACAUAGCCCUGCUCGUCUUGUUUGUCAUCAUUAUUUAUGCUAUUAUCGGCCUGGAGCUGUUUAUUGGCAAAAUGCACGCAACCUGCUACUUUCCUGGCUCAGACCUGAUAGCUGAGGAUGAACAAGCCCCGUGUGCGAUCUCUGGGCACGGCCGCCAGUGCCCCAUCAACGGCACCGAGUGUAGGGAGGGAUGGCACGGCCCCAACAACGGCAUCACCAACUUUGAUAACUUCCUGUUCGCAAUGCUGACAGUGUUCCAGUGCAUCACCAUGGAGGGCUGGACAGACGUGCUGUACUGGGUGAACGACGCUAUGGGCUUUGAGCUUCCAUGGGUGUACUUUGUCAGUCUUGUGAUCUUCGGCUCCUUUUUCGUUCUUAACCUGGUUUUGGGUGUUUUGAGCGGAGAAUUUUCCAAGGAAAGAGAGAAGGCCAAAGCCCGUGGAGACUUCCAGAAGCUGCGUGAGAAGCAGCAGUUGGAGGAGGACCUGAAGGGGUACCUGGACUGGAUCACUCAGGCGGAGGACAUCGACCCAGACAACGAGGACGACGAGGACAGCAAGCGCAACCCGAGUGUUCCUGCCAGUGAAACAGAGUCUGUGAACACUGAGAAUCAACCAGAGGAUGAGAAGACACCGUGCUGUGGGCCUACAUGUCAAAAGAUUUCAAAGUCAAAGUUCAGUCGGCGCUGGCGCCGGUGGAAUAGGUUUUGCCGCAGGAAAUGCCGGCUGGCAGUCAAAUCCGUGCCUUUCUAUUGGCUGGUCAUCAUUCUAGUGUUUCUGAACACACUCACCAUAUCCUCCGAGCAUUACAACCAGCCUAUGUGGCUUACACAAGUGCAGGAUGUGGCCAACAAGGUGCUGCUGGCCCUUUUCACGUGUGAGAUGUUGGUGAAGAUGUACAGUCUUGGUCUUCAGGCCUAUUUUGUUUCCCUUUUCAACCGCUUCGACUGCUUCGUGGUGUGUGGAGGAAUCACAGAGACCAUCUUGGUGGAGUUCGAGAUCAUGUCUCCUCUGGGCAUCUCUGUGUUCCGAUGUGUGCGUCUGCUGAGAAUCUUCAAAGUCACACGGCACUGGCAGUCCCUCAGUAACCUUGUGGCGUCGCUGCUCAACUCUAUGAAAUCUAUUGCUUCCUUGCUGCUGCUGCUCUUCCUCUUCAUCAUCAUCUUCUCGCUGUUGGGAAUGCAAGUGUUUGGGGGGAAAUUCAACUUUGAUGCGACGCAGACCAAAAGAAGCACAUUUGACAACUUCCCCCAGGCCCUGCUCACUGUGUUUCAGAUUUUGACCGGAGAAGACUGGAACGCUGUCAUGUACGAUGGAAUCAUGGCUUAUGGAGGGCCGUCUUCCUCUGGGAUGAUUGUCUGCUUUUACUUUAUCAUCCUUUUCAUCUGCGGAAACUAUAUCCUCCUGAAUGUCUUCUUGGCUAUUGCUGUCGACAACUUGGCCGAUGCAGAAUCUCUCAACACUGACGAAGGGGACAAGAAAGGGGACAAAGGUGAUGAUGCCAGAGACGACCUGGCAGAAGAGGAGGAGAAUGACGACACAGCAGGUGAAGAGGAGGAUCCUGAGGUGCCAUCGGGACCGCGGCCUGCCAUCUCUGAACUGGUCAAAAAGGAGAAAAUUACCCCCAUUCCAGAGGGAAGUGCCUUCUUUAUCUUCAGCACCACCAACCCUGUCCGUGUGUUCUGCCACCGCCUCAUAAACCAUCACAUCUUCACCAACCUGAUCCUGGUCUUCAUCAUGCUCAGCUCAGUGUCCCUCGCUGCUGAAGACCCAAUAAGAAACUUUUCUGCUCGCAAUAUUAUACUUGGUUACUUUGACUAUGCUUUCACGGCUAUCUUUACUGUUGAGAUCGUGUUGAAGGUCCUAGGCUAUGCAGAUUAUGUCUUCACUAGUAUGUUUACAUUUGAGAUCGUAUUGAAGAUGACCACAUACGGGGCUUUUCUUCAUAAAGGGGCUUUCUGUAGGAAUUACUUCAACCUCCUGGACCUGCUGGUGGUGGGCGUGUCCCUCGUGUCCUUCGGCAUUCAGUCCUCAGCCAUUUCUGUGGUCAAGAUUCUGAGAGUGCUUCGAGUCCUGAGGCCCCUGAGGGCUAUCAACCGAGCCAAAGGCUUGAAGCAUGUCGUGCAGUGUGUAUUUGUGGCCAUUCGAACUAUCGGAAACAUCAUGAUUGUCACCACUUUACUUCAGUUUAUGUUUGCAUGCAUUGGAGUACAACUUUUCAAGGGAAAGUUUUACCGAUGCUCUGAUGAAGCAAAGUCCAUCCCAGAAGAGUGCAAAGGAACCUACAUUGUGUACAAAGAUGGAGACGUGAACCAGCCCAGUGUGCACAGGAGAGUGUGGCACAACAGUGACUUUAACUUUGACAACGUCCUUAUGGCCAUGAUGGCUCUGUUCACUGUGUCCACGUUUGAAGGCUGGCCUGCGUUACUGUAUAAAGCCAUUGACUCCAACCGUGAGAAUAUGGGGCCCAUUUACAACUACCGCGUGGAGAUCUCCAUUUUCUUCAUCAUCUACAUCAUCAUCAUCGCCUUCUUCAUGAUGAACAUCUUUGUGGGUUUUGUGAUCGUCACGUUUCAGGAGCAAGGAGAGAAAGAAUACAAAAACUGUGAACUUGACAAGAAUCAGCGUCAGUGUGUGGAGUACGCCCUGAAAGCUCGGCCGCUGCGGAGGUACAUCCCCAAAAACCCGUAUCAGUACAAGUUCUGGUACGUGGUGAACUCCACAGGCUUCGAGUACAUCAUGUUUGUGCUCAUCAUGCUCAACACUCUCUGUCUGGCCGUGCAGCAUUACGGCCAAUCUGCACUUUUUAACUACGUCAUGGACAUCCUCAACAUGGUUUUUACUACUGUCUUCACUGUUGAAAUGGUUCUUAAACUCAUCGCUUUCAAACCCAGACACUAUUUUGCCGACGCUUGGAACACAUUUGAUGCCUUAAUUGUAGUCGGUAGUGUCGUUGAUAUUGCUAUUACCGAAGUCAAUCCAACGGAAACUCCUCAGUUGGAUGAGAUGGGGAACACAGAGGACAGCGCUCGCAUCUCCAUCACGUUCUUCAGACUGUUCCGAGUCAUGAGGCUGGUGAAGCUGCUCAGCAGAGGCGAGGGUAUACGCACCCUGCUCUGGACUUUUAUCAAAUCCUUCCAGGCUCUUCCAUAUGUUGCUCUUCUGAUCGCCAUGCUGUUCUUUAUCUACGCUGUAAUUGGGAUGCAGGUUUUUGGAAAGAUAGCUAUGGUGGAUGGCACACAAAUAAACCGAAACAACAACUUCCAGACCUUCCCUCAGGCCGUGCUGCUCCUCUUCAGAUGUGCCACUGGAGAGGCCUGGCAGGACAUUAUGCUGGCCUGUAUGCCCGGGAAACUGUGCGACCCUGAAUCCGACUAUGGGCCCGGAGAGGAGAUGACCUGCGGCAGCGGCUUUGCAAUCAUUUACUUUAUCACCUUUUACAUGCUCUGCGCUUUCCUGAUCAUCAACUUGUUUGUGGCUGUCAUUAUGGAUAACUUUGACUAUCUAACACGUGAUUGGUCCAUUCUGGGUCCACACCAUCUGGAUGAGUUCAAAAGGAUCUGGUCUGAGUAUGACCCAGAGGCAAAAGGUAGGAUCAAACAUCUGGAUGUUGUGACUCUCCUUCGUCGUAUCCAACCACCUCUUGGUUUUGGGAAACUCUGUCCUCACAGAGUGGCCUGCAAGAGAUUGGUAGCUAUGAACAUGCCCCUCAACAGUGAUGGCACUGUUAUGUUCAAUGCCACUCUGUUUGCGUUGGUCCGAACAGCUUUGAAGAUCAAAACUGAAGGUAAUCUGGAGCAGGCCAAUGAAGAGCUGCGGGCAGUCAUUAAGAAAAUAUGGAAACGGACUAGCAUGAAGCUGUUGGAUCAAGUGGUGCCCCCUGCUGGUGAUGAUGAGGUAACCGUGGGGAAGUUCUAUGCCACUUUCCUGAUACAGGACUACUUUAGGAAAUUCAAGAAACGUAAAGAGGAAGGCCUAGUGGGUGAACACCCGACCCAGAACAGCACAGCCAUCGCUCUGCAGGCUGGCCUUCGCACUCUUCAUGAUAUUGGGCCUGAAAUUCGACGCGCCAUUUCAUGUGAUCUGCAGGAUGAUGAACUAGUAGACUUUAUCCCAGAGGAAGACGAGGAGGUUUAUAGGCGUAACGGAGGGCUUUUCAGUAACCACCUCAUGAACGGUCACCAUCGGCGAUCGGAGGCCCCUCAAACCAACGCCACGCAGCGCCCUCUACAGGUGCAGCCUCCGCCUCACUACGCGCAUAUGGAGGAGCCUGUGGGCAGACUGUCCCGGGCCAACGCCAUGGCUCACCCCAACCACCACCAUCACCACCACCACCGGCAUCACAAUAACUCCUACGGAAAAUCCCCCAAAUCCACUAACAUCAACCUGAACAACGCCAACGUGUCCAGCCUCCCCAAUGGACACCACCGCUACUACGACCAUGUGCCGCCCAAUGGGUACCCCGGUCUGAGGCCCACCUACUAUGACAAGACCCCACAGGGACAAAGAAGGCGCUACUAUGAGACCUAUGUUCGCUCCCAAGGUGGAGACAAGCGCCAUCCGACGAUCCGGAGGGAAGAGGAGAUUGAUGAGGAUCGUUUGUCUGGGGAGUACUACAGCGGGGAAGAGUUUUAUGAGGAUGAGACAGGGGACAGAUAUCAAAACAGUGAUGCAGAGUAUGAAACUCCAAAAGGCUACCAUCACCCAGACAAUUACUACGAUGACGAUGAACAGCCCCUUUACCACGAUUCACGACGAUCACCAAAGAGACGGCUGCUUCCUGCCACACCUCAAGGUCACAGGAGACCCUCUUUCAACUUUGAGUGUCUGCGCAGACAAAGUAGUCAGGAUGAGCUUCCACAUCAGCGCACUGCGUUACCAUUGCACCUUAUGCAGCACCAGGUCAUGGCUGUAGCAGGACUGGACUCCAGCAGAGCCCACCGCCUCUCACCAACUCGCUCCACUCGCUCCUGGGCCACCCCCCCCACCACCCCGGCCAGUAAAGAGCAGUCCCCCUACUACACCCCUCUGAUACACGUGGACCACCCGCACAGGGAGAGCAUGAGCGGCAGCCAGGUGUUUGUCCACAAGAGCUCCUGGUACACAGACGACCCAGAGUUCUCUCAGAGGAUCUACUCUCCACUUCACCUUCAAGUGCCACCGGAGUUCCACAGCCAGUACCACCAGAAGAGGGGCAGUGCCACCAGCUUAGUUGAGGCGGUUUUAAUAUCAGAAGGCCUUGGGAGAUUUGCGAAGGAUCCUAAUUUUGUGGCAGCCACAAAGCAUGAGAUUGCAGAUGCAUGUGAAAUGACAAUAGAUGAGAUGGAGAGUGCGGCCAGUCACUUGCUGAACGGCGGAAUGGCACCGGGCAUCAACGGCAUCAGUGUGUAUCCCAUUUUGAACCCUGGGGACUAUGACCUGCAGGACAAUGCAGUCAGUUACAGCGACGAGGAGCCAGAGAUAGAGCCGCGCACGCCCUACGAGGAGGAUCUAGCAGAUGAGAUGAUCUGUAUCACCACUUUAUAG